AUGCCGAGCCAGACCCCUCCGUAUUCGCUGGAAUUGCUUCUUCCUCCUGUCCCUCGCGUUUCUCUCGCGCCCGACGUCCUCUCCGCCGGCGAGGCCGGGCCGCCCUCUCCUCUUUCCACCGGCGAGGCCACGCCGCCCUCUCCUCCCUCCGCCAGUGAGGCGCGCGGCCCUCCCCUUACCUCCGCCGGUGAGGCGCGCGGCCCUCCCCUUACCUCCGCCGGUGAGGCGCGCGGCCCUCGCCUCCCUCCGCCGGUGAGGCCUGCGACCCUCCCCUUACCUCUAGCGGUGGGACGCACCGCCCUCACCUCCCUCCGCUGGGGAGGCACGCGGCCCUCCCCUUACCUCGAGCGGCGGGCCGCGGCGCCCUCCCCCUCCCUCCUUCUGCCGGCGGGCCACACCCUUCCUCUGCUCCAUGGAUGCGGAUCUGGAUGGCUUGAAGGAGCUCCGGGGCGGAGAGCUCGAGCACGGCCGUGCCGCUCCCCUCUCUCCGUGCCGCUCCCCCACCACUGCUACGUCCACGGUGGCCCGCGCGGCCGCGUGCGCUGGCGCGUCCCCACACCGGUGCCGGUCGGCCGCGACGCAGAGCACGCCUAG